GUCGGUACUCGGUUGGCUGGCGGCACUGCGCUCCUGCAGCAGCGGUCAGCUGGGGUGGCGGGCCGGUCAGCUGGGGGAACCAGCCGGUCAGCUCAGUCACCUGCCGGCCGCCGGCCAGUGAGCAGCCGUACGAAGAUGAGGUGGGAGGCUCGUGGUGUGGCCGCCCGGCUCUGCGGCGUGGCGAGGCCCGGCACCGAACGGCUCCGGCGGCCCGCCAGACAAGCGCUGGGGUCCAGGCCGACCCGGAGGAAGCCGGAGUCUCCCGGAGCGGAACGGAGUCCGGACGGCCCGGAGGCACGCGCCGCCAGUCAGGCCUCCUCCUCCAGCGCCGGAUUUCUGCCGGAUCUGGUACCGUGUGCUGGGCGCAAACCGCGGCGGACAGCUGCUGCUCUAACUGCUACAGACAGGACAAACACAGGGACAAACACCGGAACAAACACCGCGGUAAACUCCGGAACAAACAGCGGGACCAACUCCGGGACAAACUCCGGGACCAACUCCGGGACCAACUCCGGGACAAACUCCGGGACAAACAGCGCGACAAAGUCCGGGACAAACACCGCAACAAACAACGGGACGAACAGUGUGACAAACACCAGUCGGCCAGCCGGCGGUGCCAGCGAGCAACCAGACGGCGCCUCGAACGGCAGCAGGACUGCCAAUGGUACCUCGAGUGGCGCGGAUGCCAACAACGCCUCAUCCGGUGGCGGGGCUCGACAGGAUAACCACAACCGUCCGAGACUGAGGAGUCCGGCAGCUUUGCCAGGCGACAUCAAAGGCCAGACAUCUUCCAUUACCAGAAGGCCGCCACCGGCUGUACCUGAAGAGAUCAAUCAAAAUGACAAGGUCACCAAACCUCUUCCCACGCCCAAAACUGGCACCGUUGGGGAUGGUGAGGAACCGUUUAUCCAGAAGAGGAUGCUCACUGUUAUGAGCCUCAAGGAGUACAGCAGCAGGCUGAACCAGUCACUACCUUUCAACAGCACUGAGAGUGAGUACGUUCAAAUGCGACCAAAGAAACCUCAGUACGUGAACGUGGAUAGCGGUGCGUCGUCCUGCGCAGACUGCGACAGCAGCAGUGCCUCUAGCGGCGAAAUUCCGAACCCAGCGGGGGACCUGCAGGCGAUGCUGUCCAAACUGAGACUCCGCUCAGACAAAGGGAGCAAAAUUAUGCUACCUGGAGGCCCUCAGAAACCGGCGAGAACAGCACUGUCAGCUCAUAGGUCAACCAAGAGCUCAAGGCACUCCCGAACUAAGGCCGUUAGCGGGCUGAAGGAUGCUGCUGAUCACCCGUCGCGAAUUCGGCGCAGCUCUGAGCGUUCAUCCAGUCCGGAGAAUCGCCAAUCAAAGGAACCUCACAAGGGCAGCCUGGAGCGAGGCCACGGCAGCCUCUCUCAGCGCGGACGCCUGCCUUCACCGACCGAAUUCGGGUAUGACAUCGACAACGUGUCCAGUUUCCUGUCGCAGGCGACGCCACGCACCCCGGCCAACAUCCCCAUGGUGGUGACAUGCAGCUCGGAGCUGUACGUGCUGAGUCCGGCCGCGGCGCCCGACCGGCCCACGGUCACCCUCCAGCUGGGUCUGGUGGUGAACGGCCUCUUCAAGCGGCGCCAGUGGGUGUACGUGCAGACCCCGCACAGCCAGGAAGGGUACCUGGCAUACAGCGCGUGCACUGCGCUGGGCGUGCUCCCGCGCCGCGCCGCCGCCAGUCCCUGGGAUUGGCAGCGCGCGGGGGAGCCGCUGCCACCCGCGCCGCUGCCGGGAGCUGCUGUCAGAGGACGCAGCUGGUCUCCGCAGCGCAGUCCGUCCGAAGCGGCCGAGCCGCACCCGAACAGAACCGACACCGAGAAACUGUACGAGAACGUGACCAGCGACGGCCGCGCGCUGGGCCUGCUGGUGCAGCAGCACGUGCGCCAGCAGCGCGGCCUGCAGCGGGCGCGUCGCGGCCACCUAUCGCCGCAGACUCGCCACGCGUCCUCCGCGUUCCGGCGACUGCAGUCGGUGCAGGUGGCGCCCUCACGCAGCCGACUGCUGGCGCCGCCUAGCGGCCGCAUGGUGGCGCCACGUACCAACAACAAGGCGGUGAUCUGGGACGGGUUUACGAGUUUCGGCCGUAACACGUUGACCGUCCGGCGUGGCGAUAUCGUCAUUCUGCUCAAUACGUCUGUGGGGGACUGGUUCUGGGUCAAAGACGCCGACGGACGGGAGGGCUACAUACCGGCCAUCUGUGUGGGAUCAGGUCUGACCUGAGUGACCUGACCUGACCCGGAGUUGGUCGUGAUUCAGAUCGGACCCUGCUGACGGUUAAACUGUAUUGUUAUCUCCUGUUGUACUUUUGAGUGAAGAAGAGGCUGUUGUUGAUCUAAAUCUGGUGAUUCAUGUACUUUCAUAAAGCUCUGAGCUUUCAGUUUUCACUUGCUUUUAUUUUGCGUCAAAGUGAUUUUUGCAUGCUUUAAAGUGUGUUCAUUCUUUUCAGUCUUUGUGAUUUUUGUGAGGAGUACGUGUUGUUUGCGCGAUAUUGUGAGCGGGGAGAAAAAUGGCAGUCGAUCUGCCAGCUGUUUAGAUGGCCAGACGCAUGGUGUCAGUAUAAACCAAAUAUGAGAUCGCUGUGAUUGUACACAUUUCCGUUGCUUGUUCUUAGACACGCAUGCCGUUCAUUCGUUGAAUAAAUUAGCGCGUAGCAA